AUGUCGACGAUAGCCUCACCUCGCGCCAGUUCCUCGGUCCGCAGCCCCUCCUUGACCCGCACCUCAAUCGACAGCAGCUCGUCGCAUCGCCCACCUCCAGCCGCACGCCGAAACCGAGCCGCCCUUCGUGAAUUCUACGGCCUCAAGAACGCGCCCCGCGAUGCAACGCCAGACGCCAGAAUAUCUGAAGAAUCUUCGAGAACACAGUUAGGGCCAGAAGAAGACGAGACGCUCACAGAACUCGAUGCUGCCGACUUCAAUGCAGAAGCCUUUGUAGAGGCAUUGCUUGCCAAAGAGGGACUGAAAGGCGUGUUGAAGGUCGAAGCAGAUUUGGUGUCUCAGAUCAGAAAUCUAGACAGCGACCGCAAGUCUCUCGUCUACGACAACUACUCCAAACUCCUCUCCGCAACAAGCACCAUCCGACGCAUGCGCGGAAACAUGGACCCCCUCGCCCCCACAACCCACACCCUCGGUCCUGCCAUCUCCCACAUCGCCGAGACAGCUGCGUCCUUGUCAUCCUCAUUACAGGGCAGUCACCAGUCCAAAGAACAGGGACUGGGUAUAAGCAUACGGGUCGAGCAGGACGACAAAGAUAAAUCAGACGUAGACAAGCAGCGGAGACAGCAGGAUACUGUGAGAUGGGUUCUGGAUACACCACGGCGGCUGCAGGAUAUGGUAGACCAGGAUCAAGACGAGAAGGCGGAGAAGGAGUGGGAAGAGGUUAGUAGGAUAUUGGAUAAAUGGAAGGGCGUUGCUGGCGUGCAGGAGCUUAGAGAGCAGUGCGAAGCUAUCAUGCGCGAGGAAGAUUCGGAAGAGUCGGAGUGA